AUGGUGGAGAACUCUUCUAUCACCUCUCUCGAGAGCAUGUCUUCUCGGAGUCGCGAACACAGUUUUACGCUGCCGAAAUCACAUCUGCUCUUGGAUACCUUCAUAGCCAGAAUAUCGUCUAUAGGCAAGUCAUUGGACAGUGAUUACUUUAGGGUUUAUGUUCCAAAUCAAUCCUUGAGUCAUAACUCCAUUCUGACGCUAAUUGUCAUUUCUAGACAAAUUGACCGAGUAGAUAGAAUUCGCUCUCAGCAAUUUAUAAUCGCCAUUGACGGGGUGUUUUUGAAGUCACUAACUACUUUAUCUUCUCAUAAUCGUGCUUACAUUGACCUGAAAUUGGAGAAUCUGUUGUUGGAUAAGGAUGGUCACAUCAAGAUAACCGACUUUGGUCUGUGCAAGGAGGACAUAGGCUUCGGUUCUACUACGAAGACCUUCUGUGGCACCCCUGAGUACUUGGCGUUGGCAUACUAUUGUUUCCUGGUUCCUUUGCUGUACUCUGAGAGUGUAAAGGUGCCGGAGAACCUUAGUCCUGUGGCACGCGACAUACUAAUCCGCCUUCUUAUGAAGGAUCCAGCCGAGCGAUUGGGUGGCGGCAAGGCAGACGCUAUAGAAGUGAUGGUGCAUCCCUUCUUCGAAUCCAUCUCCUGGGAAAGUCUGAUCCGCAAGUACGUGUCAUGCUCAGAUCAUGAUCAAGUAGUGGAGUUGUUCUGCUGGCUUACUGCCUCCAGUGCUCUGGAUCCCUUGAAUUCUCAACCAAGGCACGUGGGGUAUAAAUGGUUUACAGGUACACGUUCAUGUUGGCUACACUGGAAUGUGGGCGUGAGGAAAUACCGAUGUCCAAGCGGGAACUUUGGUUAUUCAGCCAUCUUAGCCACGCUCAGUUACACCGAUCACUCGAUCUCGAACCCAGGGCGAUUAUUGGCUUAA